AAACUUCAGUGUUAGAACACCAGAAAGCAGCACUUUGUCCCAGAACUUCUGCGUUGGUGGUGACGAUAGGAGGACACAGUAAAAUGGAACACAUCUCUGACCCCAAAUCAAAUCUGAGCAUGCCCCGGCCCACUCCAGUAGCUGACUCAUACCAGCAGGGCUGCAUCAGGAUGACCCUGGAGAAUGCUGAUCUCUGGAAGUCCUUUCACAGCAUUGGAACAGAGAUGAUUAUAACAAAGCAUGGAAGGAGGAUGUUUCCACACUGCAGCAUCUCUCUGUCUGGGCUCCAACCUUUUGCCAAUUAUGUCAUAAUGGUGGAUAUGGUCCCUGUAGACAGCUUCAAAUACAAGUGGAAAAAGGAGCAGUGGGAGGUCGCGGGGAAGGCAGAGCCCCAGCCCCCAUGUCGGACAUACAUGCACCCGGAUUCUCCUGCCCCAGGAAGUCAUUGGAUGAAGCAGUCGUUGUCUUUUCUCAAGAUGAAGCUCACUAACAACACUUUGGACCAGCACGGCCAUAUCAUCCUGCACUCUAUGCACCGCUACUACCCCAGGUUUCAUGUUACCCAGGCAGACAGUCCUUACACUGUCCGUUGGGGCCCAUUUCAAACCUUCUCCUUCCCAGAGACGACCUUCACUGCAGUGACUGCUUACCAAAACCCAAAGAUCACCAAAUUGAAGAUUGACCACAACCCCUUUGCCAAGGGAUUCAGGGAGGGAGGCACCCACUCGCACAGUAAAAGGUGUCGUCCAAAUAGAAGCCCUCCUGCUAAAAGAGUCGCACUGGACAGAAAAGCUCUCUGCAACAGUCCACCAGGCCUGCAGAGGAUGCCCUCCACCUCUCAGACAGUGGAGACAGAGAAGAAUCAGGCCUCCACACAGCAGUCAUUGAAGGCGGGUGACCUUUCAGCCUGGGCUCUGGAGCAGGACCCAUCUGAGAGUCUACAUGCUGAGCCCCUGGAGCGCCACGAGUAUGACUACAGCUGUGAGGAGCAGAUGGUGCCUGCAUCCAUGGCAUACCAACCCUACAGAUCUGCAGACUACGCCAGAUUUCCGAUGCAUCCCAAUGAUGCAGAUGCAGCGCUCACCACCGUCCAUCCUGCACCUCAUCCACUCGCCACAGCUGAACACAAUGCCCAACAGCACGGCUACUACCACCAUCCUCACCACCACAGCCAUGCGGCGGAUUGGAGCCAGUAUCCACUCUUCUCCUACUCCUGCUGGUGAACUUUGACCCCUUUCAAUGCUGACAUCAUUGAUGAAGGAUAAAACCACUAAAGCCUUGAAGGAAUGCUGUUAUUAUGAGUGGAACAGCAAAAGACUGACAGGCUACUUCAGUAGUUUGUGUUAAAAGUGUAUAAUUGUGUACAAAGUUUUUGUGAGUUUCACAGAACAGAACAUCAUAUUCAUCUGAAGUGCAUAUUUGUCUUUUUAUAUUCCUGAUCACGUCCGUGCUAGUUCAAUAUGUGUUUUGAGAUGCGAUACACAUAUUGUGCCAUAGUCGACUGGGAAAUAAACAAAAUUUAAUCUUAGGAGAUGAAAAGAUAUCCAUCUAUACUGAAACAGAGCUUCACUAAGACUGUGCCAUAUUGAGAUAUCAAGGGUUUUCUCCUUUUUGAAAAGCCUUGAAAGGUUUUCCUCUUAUAUUGAUUUUGUACUCCUUUUGCACUGGAAUUACUUAGAACACAAUAUUGUAUAAAACGGCUUUAAUACAUGACAAGAUGUACUUUUAUUCAACUCUAAACUGUGUGAAAAAUAUAGUUUUUAGAGUCAUGUCAGAUAAGUCAGACUGUGUCAGAAUCAAUAUCUGCAUCAAAACAGGACUAAAGUGUAUAUUGAUGUUUAGAUGCUAAGGAAAGUUUUAUCACAAUAAAUGGAGUUGAACAAUAAUGUGCAAA